CUUGUUCACUCUGUAGCUUGACUGUGAAUGGGAGUAUGGAAGGUGUGGCAGAGUGUGCUCGGCAUCCUGUGCAGUGGACACGACGGUGGUACACCAAUCAUCACACAGGAACCGCACGCAUGGAGAAGGGAUUGUCCUGUUUCGUCGUUCGCACGACAGUCAAAACUGUUAGAGUAGCACCGACGCUCGAUACCUUGCCAACCUGUGACUGCGAAUGGGAGUAUGGAGAAUGUGACAGUUUGCUCGGAUCACCUGUGGGUAAAGGGAAUCACUUCUGUCAACCAAUCAUUACGCAACAACCACAGCACGCAGGAAGAGAAUUGCCCUGAUUUUGUUCGCAAUAGACAGUCACGACUACUGGAGUCACCCAUCCUAAACCUUGCCCUGUUGACUGUGAGUGGAAUACAGAGAUUGCAGCUCCUGCUCACCAUCUUGUGCUCUGCAACCAGAGACCUGCACUCCAUUCGUCACUAGAGCUAGCAGAAAAUGGAGGAGAGGAAUGCCCUGUGAUUGAACCGGUGGAAGUGGAGUGCACUGAUCUUCCAGAAUGCCGUAAGAAAGUCACAUCACUAAGUAUUAAUUGUUUUGUUACAGAGUAAGGCAUGAUAAGCACUUGCGGCUUUUGAUCAACAAUUCUAGUCCUGUAUUUGUACACAAGCUGCAUUGUAGGUGCCACUGAAUCCACUCUAGCUAUUUAUUACACAAUCAACUAGUAGUAAAAUUCUGGGUUUUAGUUUGUGUCAGUAAGGUGAAGCAGAAAGAGAAUAGAAGUAGUUCACAGAUAAUUGUGACUCUGU